AUGGCCUCUUCGAGUGAAAUCAGCGUUAAAAGUUUGAGCGCACAUGUCGAGGAGACUUCUCUCACGCUCGCCCAGAUGCAGGCUCAGCUUCAACGCUCUCGCGACGCCCUGUCACACACGGACGGCCUACACUCGCCAGAUGCCCGUCUGCAGGAGGGUGCGCUCUAUCAGCUACAGCAAGUUCUGAAGCAUGACAUGGAGAAGCGAUGUGGUGAGCUUCGAGAAGGAGCACCAAUUGGUAGGGUAGCUUUAGCCGACGAUCAUCUGAGGAUGCUUCACGAAGCAUACACGGGAGCGGUAUCGAUGUGGAAAGAAGCGUUGGUCCAUGAGCUGGGCCGGGUAGAAGACGAGAUGGCAGGGGUGGAUUCGAUGUUGAUGGCGAAUGUGGACGAUGAUGACGAUGACGUUGGACGUGCGAUGUCAGAUGGUGGGGUCGCCGAUGACGAUGCCGGGAGUGGCAUGAAGAGAGAUGAAGGCAGUGAAUGGUGUUGA